UUGGUUGUCGGUUCGUGGUUCGUCGUUCCUCGCCAUUCGCAAGCGAUCGUGGUCAACGCCAGAACACGUGUUGUUCGCGGAUAAGUAAUUCGAACAGAUGCGGUUGAUGGGCAAUGGGAAAGAUUAGGAAAUUGGCACGCACCGGCAGGAGGUGCGAGGAGCGUUGCCUGUGUGCCAUUUAGUGCGAGUGAAAACCCUAUUUUUAAACGCCAUCGGGCGUGCUGCGUUUGGUUCCAGCAGUUUUAAGGAACAAAACCAGGGACACAGUGCGUACAGUUGGGUUCGAGUGUCACCGACGGAAUCUAGAACACACCGGCAAAGUCUCAAGCGUUGUCAAAGGGAAUCAUUUUAUAGCUUUCUGGAGACUUUCGAUUUCUGGCUCCGGGGUGCAAUCGUUAUUGAUUAUCGGUUCAAUUAUCGGUCCCCCCUUCCAAUUGCCCGGCGAUUGUCUCUCAUGAUUGCCCAUAAUCUGUGCGACAAAUACGCCCAUCGACCUUUCGUUAAUCGGUGUUUGUAACCCUUGAAGUCGACUGGUUGCGGGCCACAGUAGGCUUUGCUACGCGGAUACCCGCGUGUGGGUGUACCAAUCCUUCAAGGCUCUUCUCGGUCCCAACCGUUUGUGAACGCCGUGCUUCGGUUUUUGUCGGUAUCUGCAUGUCCUCAUGCUGUCCCGUUGUAUGUGAUUUUGUGUAAAUAACGAGUUGAAGGUGCAGGAAACGUGGUCACCAAAAAUAGCGACCAAUCGGUUUAAUCGCUGGACGCGCGACGCCCACACGAUUUGCUUGAUCGUCAAAUCUUCACCAAGAUAUCAAGGGGGUCACAUUCAUUCGCGGCUUAUCUGCGUCUCUUUGUCUCGGCUACGACGGCGACGACACCGAUAGAGCGCUUGUGGUCUACAGUUGAACGUUGUCCGGUCUCAAAACGCACGUGCCACGAUGCAGCAGAGAGCUCUAGCAGCUGCGUUUCAGUUGAACAUCGCCGUUCUUCUGCUCUCCCUGGUCACCGUACAGUGUGACCUGAAUGUGUUUCCGUCAAACCAAUUAUCGAUUAUGGAAGGAGCCGGAUUUCUGGCCUAUCUUGAUGCUCCACCGAGUACGCGUUGGAUUCACUGCUCCGUGCAGAUCAACGGCCAAUCCUACAGUCUGGACAGUGAUCAGGUACACACCAUCGGUGGACAAACGACGGUCGAGCGGUUCGAUACGACCAGGUGCGGUGUGCGGGUGAUGAGCCUUCAGAAAUCCCUUGAAUCCAGCUGGCUACUGUACGGUACGGAUGAGGCCGGUCUGGAAGGAAACGCUACGCUGAAGCUCACCGUGUUGUCCAUUCAGUUCGUGGAUCAGCUGAAUAUUACUGCCACGGGCACGUCUCCAUCGGUAACGGUUCGGUGUCCGGAUGGAGGAAAUCCGCGUCACUGCCGUAUCAUCGAUGCGGAGCAGAACGUGUACGAGGUGUGCUCGAGAUACGUGGAGAUCAACGAGAAACAUAGUACCUUCUGGUGCCAUUCGCUGUUCUGGGGUGACAUGAUCGAGCGCAUCACGAAGAUCAACGUGCACGUGCAAGAGGACGAUAGUGAUGUGAAGGCGACGAUCGAGGAAACGGAUGAGCACGUGGUGCUGAACUGUCUUUACCGACGAUCGGUGAGCUUGUGCCGGGCCCACUCCGAAACCGACAACCGCCAGAUGAUGCUGAUGGAUGGUACACUGGCCGAUCGAUACUCGUCAUACAAUACUAAACUUAACAGUGGAUUAUGCUCGCUGGAGAUCAAGAAACCACUCAUCCCGGGUGAUAUCGGGCUAUGGCGCAUUUAUCAGCAUCUCAAUCCGAACGAUCACACCGGCUGCGUGUUUGAUCUGAGGAAAAAAUUACAGGCGGAAAAUGUGGCGGCCAAAUCAGGCUCGGCGUACAUACACACCAGGACAGAAACCGGUGGCCACCGGCAUGAGGAAGAGCAACAGAAGAUAAAUCCAACCCGGAUCGAGAUAUUCCAUGAUCCACGCUCCUCGACCACAACGCAAACGCAGUUAACCUGCGAAGUACCGUACGCCCUCCAGUACUGCUACCUUUCCGGUCCAACCACAGGAGAUUAUGCACCGCAGCGGUUCGAUUAUCUGAAAUCCCUCGGUCAGUGUCGGUUCGACGUGGCCAACAUUACGGCCGGUACGUGGGCUUGCGGUAUCAACGAUGAGCACGGUGCCGAGGAUCAUCUAACGUACUACGAUGUGCGGGUUUACGAGCAACCGGCACGUGUUGUGACCGGUGCGACGCUAACGGCAAGCACAGGCGAUCGUAAAGAGCGCCUGCUCUGCAAAACGAUCCUUGACCUGCCGAUCGAUCUGUGCCGUUUCUUGGAUCCGGCCGGCGAGGUACACGGUCUGUCGGAUAUGAUGAAACCAUCGAGCGAAUCCCGGUUCCGGUAUCAUGGGGCGGGCUUGCGCGAGGGUGAGUGUGGCCUCGAGAUUGCCGAGCUGGAGGAGAAGGACUUUGGCCGCUGGAAGUGUCUGUUGAAGGUGCGCAACCGGGAGUACGAGAUCCCGAUGGACAUCGUUGAGGAAGCUAUGAGCGUUGGUGCUGUUGUUGCUAUUUGUCUCGCCGCUACGAUCGUCCUGAUAGGGAUCGGAUUCUUUGUGUACCGGCGCAUGAACCGCCGCUACUCCGGACCCACCUAUACCGUCUCGUCGAGCAUGACGAACGUUUCGAACGGAUCCCAUCAAUCGUGAGGAGAAGAUCUGUGGAUCAGAAUGCUUUCACGAUUGAAUGUCGCUAUUGAUUCAUCGUUAUCAUGCGUACAACUGUUGUUUGUUUGUUUGUUUUAUUGCCACUUGUUAUUUGGUAUUUGGUUGGCGCAUGCAAAUAAAGCUCCGCUCCGGAA